CAGAAACCGGUUUCUCGAUCGCGACAGAUUUUGGAAUCAAAAUAUAUACAUAUAAUUCGUAAUAAUGGCAACGGCGAAGUUCAAAGAGACAUCUCCCUACGUCAAACCGAAGCCUUCGCCACCUGAGGAUGAUUACCUGUAUAAAAAAUACUUAGAACACACAACCCUGAAAAUGAAGAACGAACCGAUAGUUAAAGUGGCUUUGUUCGGUGUGGGUCAUGCCGGGACGAUACAUUUAGCGACUAUGAUUUCUAGUAGACGUGUCCAAAUUUUAUAUAUCAUUGAUAAUGUCGAGAGUAAAUGGCAAAGCAUUCGAGAGUAUUGGCAUCUGGACAACGUUACCUUCCUAAGUAGCAAGCAGUCUGAUAAAGUAUUCAAAGAUUCCAAUGUCGACGUGGUUUUCGUGGCGACGCCGACUAUGACACAUAAAGAUAUAGUUAUUAAAGCUCUGGAAGCAAAAAAGGCAGUCUUCUGCGAGAAACCCAUAGCAGAGGAUCGCCCAAGCACCGUCAAAUGCUACGAGAUGGCCAAGAAAGUCGGCAAACCAUUAUUUACCGCGUUCAAUCGGCCAUUCGAUCCGAGUUAUUGGAAUCUGAAAGAACGAGUUCAUAAAGGGGAGAUUGGACAUGUCCACAUGAUUAAAAGAGUCGCUCAUGACUCUCCCCUGCUCUCUCUAGAGUAUUUGAAAGUAUCCGGCGGUAUCUUCUACGAUUGCCUGGUCCACGAUAUCGACCUGAUUGUCUGGGUUCUCGGAGAAUACCCAGAUAAGGUUUCGGUCCUAGCUCACGCAAAUAUCCCAGAGAUUAAGGCCCUUGGAGACUUCGACACGGUUGCAGUAAACUUCCAUUUUCCUUCAGGAACACUUGGCAUGAUCGAUUUAGCACGCAACAGCUCGUACGGAUAUGAUCAACGACUUGAAGUCUUCGGUCCGAAGGGUAUGUUGCAAGCCGACAACAGACAAUUGAACUCCGUUCAUUUGUAUAAUGAACUACAAGGAAUUAGCACCGCCCCGAUCUGGUACACAUGGCCUAGUCGUUUUAUGAACGCCUACAUAAGAGAGUUUGAUCACUUCCUCGAUGUGGUACAUGGUAAGGUUGAGUCGGAGAUGAAGUCGAAAGACAUCCUAGCAGUGAGUAAAAUCGCUACGGCCUGUGAAGAUUCCGCUCGCAUGGGGAAAGUAGUAGAACUCACAUGGACGAAGGACGAGCUGCCGGAUAACUCAUGAGGAAACAGC